UAGAAAGAAUCCUUAGAGACGAUGAAAGGGAAUGUCGACCGACAAAUCCUUUUGUUUGAAUAUUUUUAUAGAAAGUCUAAAGUUGUCUUUAUUAUUAUUACUACUAUUAUUAUUUCUUUCUUUUCAUUUCGAGAUAAACUCUGAAGAAGUACAAAAUGUUCGACUUCAUAACUGGGUGGCCUAUGGAAUGAAUAAUACGCCUGCUUUUAAUUCCAGACAUGUGCUGAUGAUAAGAAAAAGAUAAAGUAGACUACUACAAAAGAUCCUUAUUUCGGAAAAGAAUUAGGCCUAAAACUCGGAAAAGAAGAUGAUACAGUUGAAUAUAUUUAUCAUACUAUCAUGUAUAUCGAUGGUGCAACUUGAUAGAAGAUACCAGCACGACGAUCAUUAUCAUCCUUCCAUAUCUAGAGAUUCUCCAACUAAUUUCCUAAAAAACGAAGAAAUUUUAAGAGAUAGAAAUCAUAUUAAAGAAGAUUUGAAAAAUGAAUAUGAUUUUGAUGUGGCAGAUGAUAUUUCAGAUUUCGAAAUGGAAUUUUAUUAUUUUCAGUUGCAUGAUCUAGACAAAGAUGGGAAAUUAGAUGGACUCGAAUUGCUAAUGGCACUCAGUCAUGUAACGGAAGAACGUAUUUCAGAAAAUGAAAGAUAUAAUGAAGCCGAUCGGCUGGAAAAACAAAGAAAACAGAAUGAAAUAUAUGAACUUGAUGCUGCAAUCAUCGACCUUCUUUUCUCAGAAGACGACUUAAACAACGAUGGCUACUUGACUUACCAUGAAUUCGCACUUAGUCAUCGAAAGUAAUUAUUUAAAUAAAAUAAAAUGUUUAAAAAAAAGAAAACUAUAAUAAAACUACUUGUAAGCUUUAAAUUUAAUUUGAUUAAAAAAUAUAAAUUUU